ACAUUUUUCUCUUUUGAAAGGUAAUAAAUCUAACAAAUAUAAACCCCCACAAUUUCUCCCACAUAAUUUCUAACCGGGGCUCUCGCACAACACGAGUCCCCAAUUUUCCACCAUGCGUACAUUCCUUUUCUUCAUCGUUCUCCUCUUCUUCUCCUCCUCCGUCAUCUCCACCGUCUCCGCCCACGAAACACCAACAACAACACCCGCUACUCCAUCCACACAACAGCCUUCCACGCCAUCUAAAAAAGGCCGUGGUCGCCGCCGUCGCAAUGCAGCCAAAUUCUUCGGCUUCGUUCGUGCAAACCGCACAAUGUAUCUAUACAACCAAACCGAAUUAGCCAAGGAGUUCAUGCACGCGCACAACUGGGUGAGAAAGGAGUACAAGCUCCCACCUUUAGCAUGGAGCGAAAACCUCGCGAGCUUCGCGAGGAAGUAUCUCAUGGAAAGGUAUGAUGAUUGUAAACUGGUUCAUUCUACUGCGAAUUACGGGGAGAAUAUGUUCUGGGGGAAGAAACUGCACUGGACACCUUCUGAUGCGGUUUAUUACUGGUACAAGGAGAAGGAUUCGUUCGAUUUCAACACGUUGAAGUGCGCGCCGCCGCCGAAGCUUUGCGAACAUUUUACGCAGAUUGUUUGGAGAGAUUCUUCGCAUGUUGGAUGUGCAUUGCAGCAUUGCAAGAACGUUGGCACUGGGAUGCUUAUCGCGUGUGAGUAUGAUCCGCCGGGUAAUUUUGUAAACGAGAAUCCUCUCGUUCAUACUACUUAAUCAAAUCAUGCCCCUAAUAUCAAACUAAGAGACAUGAAUUGUUGUUGUCUUAGUUUGUUUGAGAGAUUAAGGAGAAUCUAAUUAUUAUUAUUUGUGACUCAUGUUGUUUGUGUUUUUAAUGUAAAUUAUAAUAAAUUACAUUGCGUAUAUUAUGUAUAUGCUUCCUUUUAUGUGUUGUUUUUUUGUAAUCUUGUUAAUUUGGUUGUACUCUAGUUGCCCUGGCAAAUUGUACAUAAUUUGUAUAAUUGGUUUGGUGUUUUUGAGAUACAAUAUACAA